AUGAGCUGGAUGGACUCCUGGUCCCGACCAGGCAAAUCCCAAGCCACGCCAGCACCCUUCUACCUCCUCCCCAACGGCGACCAAACGCCCUACUGCCGCACCUGCGGCCGCGUCAUCUCCAGCCGCAAGACCGCAGCCACAAACACAUUCUCCAAGUCAAACUCCAACAAGGACAAAGCCUCCGAGACCCAAAAACCCCCCGUCGAGGCGAAAUACUGCUCCUCCCGCUGCCGCGCAAAGAAACCAAGCCGUCUAGACAAGGAAAUCGAACAAGUAUUCGUCCGGUUCCUCCAAGGCGAGGAAGAAAUCCAAGCCGAGGCGAAAACAAAACCCAAGAAAACAAAGGGCGACACCCGGAUCCUCGUCCCCUGCGACGUCGUCGAAGAAACCUUCUUCGGCGAGCGCAAAGGCCCCGACCAAAUCUACGGCCGGGGCAAAAACCGCGCCUCGCGCGUCAUCACUACCAAAUCCUCCUCCUCUGACAACGAAGACGAGGGCAUCUCCCUCUGCGAACGCCGCUCCUACGACGAAGACGCAGGCGAGGACAUAAUCGACGAGAUGCUAGGCGUAGACCGCACCAAAUCCACAGAGCUGGAUCCUAGCGUGCAGGCGAGCCUCUCUGUGCGCAGCGGGACGAGGGUGAGGCCUCCGCAGACGCAGAGCCAGGUGAAUGGGAGCGUGGGCGGGGAGAAGGGGCGGGCGGAGAGGGUUGAGGAGACGGAGGAGAUGAGGGAGAAGAGGGCUGAGGGGCAGAGGAAGGCUCACGAGAGGGAGAUGGUGAGGUGUGCUGCUAGGAGGGGGGUUGUGUUUGGGUUUCUGGUUGGGGAUGGCGAGGAGAGGAAGAAGUGUGAGGCUGUUAGACAGGGCAAGGUUGUUGAGCCUAGCUUUGCAAAGGGGGAUUGGUCUAUUCGGUGGCGGGAGGAUUGA